AUGGCUAGAAGAAAACAGAGAAUGGCCUGUAUCACCAACAAUUCAGCCAGAAAAACUACAUUCAAGAAAAGGAAAAACAAUAUGAUGAAGAAGUUGAGAGAACUAAGUACUCUUUGUGGAAUUGAAGCAUGUGCAAUAAUUUACAGCCCAUUUGAUUUUGAACCCGAGGUUUGGCCUUCUUCUUAUGCAAUUGAAAAUGCUCUGAAAAAGUUAAAGGAUAUGCCUGCGAUAGAGAAGAGUAGGAAGAUGUUGAGCCAAGAAAGCUAUCUGAAGGGGAUGAUCUCUAAAGCAUACGCAAAGUUAAAGAGAGUGAGAAGGGAAAAUCAUGAGAAGGAAUUGAAAGCUGUCAUGUUCCAAAGUCUCACCAAAGGAAUUCCUCAAUUCCAAAAUCUGAACUUGAUGGAUAUGGAUGAUCUUGGGCGGCUUAUCAUCCAAAAAUUGAAUGAGAUUGAUAACAAAAAAAAGAGUCUCCGUGAGGAGGUGACCGAAAGUCAGAACCAGACUAUCCAACUUACUCCAAUAGUGAACAUGGUGAAUCCAAAUCCUCACCAAAUAUGAGAUUUGAUGGAGAUGAGGCAAUCCUAUUUGGAGAUCCACA